AUGACCCAUUGUGUGCACCUGCUGCAGAACACUCGUCCUCACAGGGCACCCAUCAGAGUGGCUAAUGGACUUGUGGUCUAUUCAGAGCUUGUGGGGGAGAUAGUGCUUAGGCCACUGAUCCAUGGACAUGCCAGGAGCCGGUCUGUGAUCCUCUCCAAUGUGCUCUAUGUCCCUGCUCUGUCACACAAUCUGAUCUCCACUACAUACCUGUCAGUUCACCAUGACUACACUGUGCUCAUGAAGGAGAACUACAUCCUGUUCAAGCGCAAUGGUGAAGUGUACUUUGUGGCAGAUAUCUCAGAGCAGGGUCAGGCAUUUGUGAGAGAGACUGUCAUGGAUAAAGAGCUAGUUACUGGUGUGAGGCUUGCCUCUGCUAGGAAGCCAGACCCCAUCUGUGAGCCAUGCCUAUUUGGCAAGCUGAAUGCUGGCCUGUUUCCCUCAACUGGUCAUCGUUCUGGAGCGCCUCUUGAUCUCAUUCACUCUAAUCUAAAGAGCGACUCUGUGCCUACUCGAGAGGGCUGGAAACACAGGGUGACUUUUGUUGAUGAUCACACUGGCUUCAAGGUAGCAUACCACAUGAAGAACAAGAGUGAGACAUUUGCAGCCCUUAAGAUGUUUCAAGCGUAUGCUGAGACUCACUGGGGGCUGAAGAUCAAGGCAUUCCAGGACGAUAAAGGGGGAGAGUACAUGUCUAAUGAGUUCAGAUCACAUCUGGACAAGUGUGGCAUUGUGCACCGCCAUUCAGUCAGGGCGCGGCCUCAGCAGAAUGGGACAGCAGAGCGGUCUAACCGCACCGUUGAUGAGCACUCCACUGCCAUGUUACACGAAGCCAACCUGCCCCCUGCAUUCAGGGCACUGGCGGUGUCUGCUGUUGAAGCAGAAAAUGCAGAGAGGACUGGAGUCAACAGUAAGAAGCUGUGCAUUGCAAGACAAGACAAGAAAAGAAUCUACAGACCUGGAGUCAACAGUAAGAAGCUGAAGAACUCUAGGGAGGGAGGAACUAUCUAUGUGGAUGGAGCAUGUGACUGUAUAGGAAUCAUGUGA